AAGCAGCCCCCGGGGUGGGGGGCGGGGUGGGCGCCGGCGUCGCGAUGCUGGGCGUCGUGGAGCUGCUGCUGCUGGGGGCGGCGUGGCUGGCGGGCCCGGCCCGCGGGCAGAAUGAGACGGAGCCCAUCGUGCUGGAAGGCAAGUGCCUGGUGGUGUGCGACUCCAACCCCACGUCCGAUCCCACCGGCACAGCUCUGGGCAUCUCUGUACGCUCUGGCAGCGCCAAGGUGGCUUUCUCUGCCAUCAGAAGCACCAACCACGAGCCGUCCGAGAUGAGUAAUCGCACUAUGAUCAUCUACUUUGACCAGGUACUAGUGAACAUCGGGAACAACUUUGAUUCUGAACGCAGCACUUUCAUCGCCCCGCGCAAAGGGAUCUACAGUUUUAACUUCCACGUGGUUAAAGUCUACAACAGACAGACCAUUCAGGUGAGCCUCAUGUUAAAUGGGUGGCCGGUGAUUUCAGCCUUUGCUGGUGACCAGGACGUGACCCGGGAGGCUGCCAGCAACGGAGUUCUAAUCCAGAUGGAGAAAGGCGACCGAGCAUACCUCAAGCUGGAGCGGGGGAACUUGAUGGGGGGCUGGAAGUACUCGACCUUCUCCGGAUUCCUGGUGUUUCCCCUCUGACUGGCUCAUUGCCGGAAUGGAGGCACGGAGAGGGCGAAGGCAGGAGAGAGAAUGAGAAAGAGGCUGAAAUUUAGAGGACUUGAAACUUCCUACAUGUUCCCCAGCUGUAUCCGGGUAAAAGGUGCGCGCCGGGGGAUCGGACUACUCUGUCCGUUUCCUCAAUAGAAAAAGUAAAUUCCGCUUAGCUCUGCGCACUCCCAUUUCCAAAAAUAAACUCGUCUCCCCGAUUCCGGUUGAAGUAAUCAAGAAAGAGAGACUGCCUUGUCAUUGUUUCUACCCCCAUGUUCCUAUCCCUUACAAUUUAUACAAAAGAAACUGUAUUUCACUGUAUAACGUGAAAUAUCUUCCUCCUCACUCCCCUAUGAAUCUUUCCACCUGCUGAAAUCUAAUAUGCCCCUCCCCUCUUUUUAGUUUGGAGAGGGGAUAAGGUUUUUGUUCGUUUUUUUUUUUUUUUUUUUUUGGUUUGGUUUUAUUUUGAAAGGGGGAGGUAGUUUUAAUUUGGCAAAUAUUGGUCUUAAAAUACAGCUCAAGAGUUAAUUAGCUGAACAUACUUUGUGUUCUCCGCUGCUUGUUAGCAGAGAAAGGACUCACCUUCGGGGUGACUGGUUCAAAAAUAUAUAUAAAUAUAUAUCAUUUGUAUUCAAAGAACUCUUCCCAGUGGAAACUGGCUGUAUUUCCGUAUUUCUAUGUCCUAUUCGGAGUGAUCGUGAAAGGCUGCUUGAUGUCUUGAUGCUUGUCAAUGCCCUCGUGUUCUGUGGCUCACUAAAUGCCAGGAGGUUCUUCCGGACGCUUCCUCGUCCUCUGUAACAUACGUGUGAAUAGCCAAGAUUUAAUUUUGCUUUAACCCAAUAAAGUUGAAGUGGGACUUUUA